AUGACUUUAUAUUUUUCAUUUUACCUUUUCCCCAGGCAGUUUGGCAAAGUUAACAGUGGAUUUGUGAUCAAAACACAGUGGAGGAAGAGAUCUUUAGCAAAACAGAUCUGCCUUCCUCUUUGUGAUUUUUCCAGUUUUCUAAAGGUGAGAGUAAUGGGAGAGUAACAUUUCGUGUUCGCCCACUGAUUCACUAUUGGCUUGCAAAUCAGUGGUUUUAGCUAAAAAUCGUCUCCUGAACUUUCUGUUGUUACACUGCAUUUAUCUGUUCCAAAAGGUUUACCUUGUGUUAAUUGUCUCACAGUGUGCUUUUGGGUUUUAGUAGUGGACAAUAAUUGGUUUCUUUGUUAAUUGACUAGUCCUGAUGAUCCACUUAUAUCCUGAACUGGUGUUAAGUAUUGGCAACUCCUUGCACUUUAAAAAAAUGCACUUUAUUUGAGUGUUAUUGUAUUUAGCACAAAAGUUUUACGUCUCCUACUGGAGACAGGACCACUAUUUUUUUACGUGGUCAUCCAAGCCACGCAAAGGUCUAACCAUUUGCAGGGAAAAGGUAGUACCUUCAUUUCUCAGUUAUUUGAAGACCCUGUGAGUAAUCAAUCGGGGAAUCAAACUCACAACCUCUCGCUCAGCAGUCAAGUGCUCUACCAGCUGAGCUAAUCCUGUUGCAGUUCUGAUACUAAUGUUGCUCCAUUCCUUUCUGUGUCUAAGACUAGGGUGACCUAGUUUGUGCCUUCCUCUCCUGUUUCUUUCAUCAUUAUGUUUUUAGUCUCAUUCUCUGUAGCAUCAUCUCUUCUGCCACCAUCUUCACCAUCUUGGGAAGCAAGGGUUUUCCUUUAGUCACACUCAUGUUAAAUCCCUGCUUCUGUCCCUACUUCCUAAGGGGGCAAGGGUUUCAAUUGCAUAAUGAUUAACAGUUCUCCAAGUACAUCCACAGCUCAAUGGUGCAUGUUGAGCCAUUUAAAUUUGUUGCACUACGUAAUAAACGGGCAAAAACAUUUAUAUCGGUAUUUUCAGUUAGUGGAGCCAAUGAGUUUGUUGUCAUUCGCUAAGCUGUACUAUGGCGUGUGCAAAUAAUUUUCUCUUUGAAAACUUUGUGUAAAAAAAUUCUUUGUGCUCGUUAAGUAGUUUUAAAUCAUUGUUAUUCUGAAUAGACUUUGUGCAUUGCUCUUAAUGUUAAGAUAGUAACCUUUGAAAACUACCAGGUAAAAAAAGGUCUCAUAAUGUUGAUGCAUACUCUUUUGAGCAGGCGCUAGCUUUCGCCACUAAGUUAAACCAGGCUCGUAAGAUGCUUAUCGAUAUUAAUCAACUUUGUCUUGUCUGGGAUAACUAA